AUUUAAUAACUUCGAAUUUCUUUAUUUAAUGUCUAAUAAAGAAAGUCUUCAUAUUGUUUAAAUUGAUAUUUUUUUUGAUAAUUUAAUUACUUUAUGAAUUUUAUGCCUUAUUGUUUUACUUAAUUAAGGUUAUUAUUUUUUAACUCUUAACGAAUUUAAGAUUGUAAGAAAAAUAAAUUUUAUUAUUAUAAUUAUUAGAGUUUUUAUUAUUGCACUUAUUAUUCCAGAAUUUCUUUUGCUUCUUAUCUUCUUUAUAAAAAUGUAUUUGAUUCAUCAUAAACUUUAGAUUUUUAUAAAGAAUUUUUAUUAUUUUGGCUACUUUAAUAAUAAGUAAUUAUUGUUGAUUAUUCAUUAAAUGAUUUUUAGUUUUUUUAUUUUAUUAAAGGAUUUUCUUGAAAAGUAUAUUAUUCAUGUGCUUUUUAUACAUUUUAUGAGAGAGAA